CUGAGGUAACAGGAAAUCACAAUCUACAACUUCGAACAGCCAUUUGACCACAACAAGAGUCCAAGAAGGAAGGAUGAAUACCCUAACAACUAAAGAAUUGAGAGUUUCUUGACUUCGCAUUUUACAUUACAUCAGGCAAAGGAAAUUGCCUGAAUGGACGGACUUGGCUUGUCUCUACCUGCACAUGGGAAACAGGUUUAACUAUAUAGUCACUGAAUUGUUGUAUUUAAAAGAGAGAGAUUUUAGGCAGUGAUGUGGAAAAGGAGUGUAAAGAAUAUGUGUACAUGUAUUUAAUAAUCCAAUUCUUUCCUAAAUAAUGAAUAGUAAUAAUAACACCCUUAAUAUUAAAUAUCUGUGUGAAGUUAUUUCUGAGGAUAUUUUUAGUGUCAGACAGUAUAAUAUAUACUAAUUCCAUUCCAGUGUAAUUCCCACUUAUCAGUAUUAUCAGUAGUUUUAUAGCUGAGUGAGCACAUUGACCCAGCAAACAGCAACUGUGUGUGUUAACAGCAGCAGGAUGAGAAGAACCAAAGGAAUGAUGAUGAACUCUACUGGUUUAGAGGAUCCACUGGGGAACAGCAGUCACACUGGGCUUGACAAUGUGGAGCAGAUCCUGGUCCCAAUAUUAGAUGCUAUUAUUCUGAUGCUCGGAGUGGGUGGGCACACAGUGGUGAUGGUGAUCUUAUGUGGACGAAGGAGGAGAGGAAUGGAACGUAUUGGACAGUCCACCCAAAGUUCUACAACAGGAACAGGGACAGACAUCCUCCUGUUGGCGCUGAGUGCUGCAGACCUGCUGUUGCUCUCCAUGCUUCCCUUCCACACUGUUGCCAUUGCCAUGAAGCAAUGGCCCUUUGGGAACUUUAUGUGUCGUCUGGUGGGCUUCUUGGGAUCAGCCUGCACUUCGGCCAGUGCCUUCACACUGGCUGCACUGGCCGUGUCACGUUAUCUGACUGUAGUGAAGCCUGCCAUAGCUUACAGCCUGCUCACUCCUCGCCGGGUGUCUGUAAUUGCCAUGCUGCUCUGGGUUCCAGCCUGCAGCCUAGGUGCUCCUCAGCUGGUCUUUCGCUCUGUAGGAUCCCCAACACGUACCCCUGAUGGACUAAUUUGUUUUGCUUUCCACUCCCACAGGGACCAAUUGAUAUAUGGACUGUUUCAUUUUCUCAUGGCCUUCUUGCUUCCAUUGGUUACCAUCGCAGUGGCAUAUGGAAGCAUCUUCAUGUUUCUAUGUGGGGGUCAACAUGCUGGCAGAGCCCCCCAAGUAGAGCGCUACCAGAACAAAGUGACCCAGACGACGGCGAUGCUGGCGCUGGCUUUUACCCUGUGCUGGCUGCCCUCCUAUGGGCUGACACUGGCCUUGCUGGCAGAUAAGAGCUCCGGGGCCACAGGAGCCUCGCCACGUUAUGGGGCCUUUGGUGUGUUUGCACGCCUCAUGGCAACCUCCUCCACAGUGAUGAACCCCAUCCUUUAUGUGCUCAUGUCCCAGAAGUUUAGGCAGGAUUUACUAAGACUGUUCAAAAGGGAGGGGCAAAGAGCAAAUGUUGCUGUGGCUAUGUCUGUCACCUAAAAAAAUUGUAAACUGUAAACAACUACUAUGAUAUAACAGACAAUCUGACAAACAUACUCUGAUUUAAAGAUGCUUUGAU